AGGCAAGAAAACAGACAGAGGCUUCACAGGCUAUGGAGUGACUUGCAGUCUGCCACUAUAGAAAUAAUGUAUCAGCUGAAUGAGGGUGUGGGAAGGAGGAGUCUAUAGGCCAUAUAUGAUCCUUAGAAACCCAGUCUGCUGUCUGCUUCAUGAUCACAUUAAAGGUUAUUGUCAUCACAGGAGGGAUGACAUUAACUCCUCACACCAGCAUCUGAUUAUUUCUUUUUCAAAAAAGGCCCUGCACUGACUUUAUCAAUUUAGAGUUUUCACUCAGCUCACUCCUCGUCUCCUUUGACGUCACACAACCUCCAUCCAAAGAAAUGUUUUCUCAGUUGCCUCCUUGAGGAGCAAUGCAAUUUCCCUUUGAUCAAAAUACCCUCAUCGCCUUGCUUUAUCCCCGGUGAAAAUGACAUUUCGCAAAAGUCAUUUCGCCUGUGUUACAUGGUCCCCUUCUCUCAUGCAAGGAGGCAUAAUUCUACUUGUUAAGUGAAGCUUUCGGCAGUGUGGACCUGUCAGCAUUCGUGUUGCAUUUGGCGAGAGAAGCUUUGAAAGGUUAUACAAGUGGGUCGUGUUGUCAGGUCUUGUGGUUGUUUCUUCUUCUUCUUCUUCUUCUUCUUCUUCUUCUUCUUCUUCUUCUUCUUCUUCUUCCUGCAGCCCAAACAGCAAAAAGGGUAGUGAGCUGGGAAGAUAUAAGGAGAGAACUACCCAACUGCUACUUCAAAUUACAUGUGUUCGCCUGUCAUUCUGAUCACUAAAGCAUAUGAAAAGUUGCCAUAUGACAUCAAAAGAAGAUUUCAUCUUCAGAGAUCUCAAACCUCAACAAGAUCCAAUGAUGGUUUAGUGGUUUUCAAAUCGACCUCAUGGGUGACUUGUAUUAGGUCAACAAUGUCAUGCUUCAGUCUGGUCCUCAACUGGAGGAGUCAAAGGGCUUCUAAUACUCCCCACUACCCCUUAUUUCCUUGCAGAUAUUAGGCAUUGUGUGGAUUUCAUUCAGAAAUCCAGCCUCAAACACGUGCAAGCCAUACAACUUCUCUUGAUAAACCACCUUCAGUUGUGCUGUAUUUGCAGAAAUGAGAGAGACCAUGUUGUUGUUUUUUGCUCCUCUAAUGAGAUGCCAGGUGAUGUAUUUAUGAAUUACUUGUUUGGAACAGCCCCCUUGUGCAGUGUGCAUUUUUUUUAUCCUCUUUGGAGUCAUGUCGCUCAGUGAUUGCUGAUGCAACUCUUUGUCAUCUAGAGUUUGCCCUCACCUCCUGUGAGCCUUCGGGGAGGGCUAUAUCUAUCUUGGCAUUUCCCUGGGUGUUGGAGGUGGGAGUGACUCAUUAAGCAGGUGUGAGCAUCCACUCCCAUACAGCUACAUGCCAAACAUGAGCUCUCCAGUUCAUAAGCUUGUGCAGGGAAGAAUCAUUAUGGCAAUAUAGCCAACACAUCACAAUAAAUCUUUGCACUGGACCGAGGCCAAGUCACAAGGAUAAUGAGCUUCUGUUUCUCCAUUAUGCUCGCUCUCGUAUUCAUCAGAGGUGGAAUUUCCAAACGUUCAUCACCCAUUGAAAGGUUGUGCCUCGGCUGACAUCUUCACUUGAAUUCUGCCUCAUCAAAGAAAGUGAACCAAGGGGAGAAACAAUAUCAAAAUCAGCCUCGCGGUCCAAGAUUUCCCUGUAAUGAUGUGGUUUGCUUAGGUUAACAUUUUGGGAAUAAUAACCCAUGAAAGCUGGCUACUACACUGCAGAGCACCUUGCAGGGGAGCCAUCCAUCUGUUGUAGAGAUGGCUCACUUUAAAAGCAAGGAGGAGAACUGCUUUCAAUAAGUUCUCAUCUUUACCUCCCUCCUGUGCCUGUUAGCAUCCAACACUGCCAUUUUACAGCAGCUAAAUUAUAAGAUGAUAAUCCUAUACUGGAUUUGGGUUUAUUCUGUGUAUAUAGCAUCAGAAUUACAACCAAAAUCUAGUUUAUAUAAGAAAAUGAGAGGGUUCUUCAUAUGUUAUAUCAGGGAUACUAACACAAGAUGGAUUAAAUGAUGUGAAAGGGGCACGCAAAUGGCUCCUUCACACAAAUACUUAAGCUUUCUUUGAUAUAACUUACCCAGUCUCGACACUAUUUCGAGACCCGUAACAGAAAAUGCUUAUUUUAAAUUUUUCCGAUGUCUAAUUUUACACAAAUAGGCCAUCUGUAAAUGGCACGCAGCGUAUCACGACUUGGUGGAGACGCGCUGUUACGCAAAACCUUCUAAAAAAAAUGCCACCUCUUUUAGGCUGAGUACAAAAAAAAUACGGAAGAAGGAGGCUUCCUUUGCAGGCUACGGCUUAUGCAGAUAAACAAUAAUAAUACAUAAUGCACACUGAACGCGCAUUAAUAGUUCCGCCUCGGGGCUUUUUAAACAGGAGUUUGGAUGCGACCAGGCAGUCAGCCAGCGGCAGGUCACAUGUUGCAGCGUCAUUCUGUAGUAAAGUUACUGUAGUUGCAAAGAGGCUCCUCAUUUCAGCUCCAGAGGUCUCUCAUCUCCGUGGUGGUGCUGCGGCGGCGGCGUCUCGGCAUGCGACAACUUCAGUUUCAGGCGAUCUCCAAAGGAGCCGUGCAGCCAUGGGAGUGCAUUACCUCAGCCAUGCAAUUUCCACUAUCAAUAAUUUAAUCUAUUUGCUCCAAAGCUGAAGAGAUAUCCUGAAGCUUGUCGGGAGAGAGGAGUGUUUUUUUGGGGGGGGGAAGGGGGGUCAGAAAUACCGCUUAAGUAAUUACUCGGGGAGUUGUCCAAAACAUCCCAGAUGACACUACCGUCCUGUUGAAUGGUCUGUUUUACGACUGGGCACUAAAAGUUCCACCAGGUUAGAAGAGUGAUGACCAUCCUGUUCCUUACUAUGGUUAUUUCAUACUUCAGUUGCAUGAGAGCUGCGCCCCUGAGAGAUGCCCCGGGCAUGCGGGGCCAUCGGACGGAAGGCUACUUGGGCGCUGCUGCAACGGCCGAAAGAGGCCACGGGACUCCCCAGAGCGGUGGAGGCCCAGGCCAGCGUGGGGAACUGCCCUCGCUCACAGACACGUUUGAGCAAGUGAUAGAGGAGUUGCUGGAGGUGGAGGGCGAGGCGGCGCAGCUGGGACAGGGGGCUGAUAAGAGCCAGGGAGGUGGUGGCCCAUCCUCUGUGGUCACCACGGAGGCCAAGGAUGUCGAUCUGUACAACUCACGGGUGAUGAUCAGCAACCAAGUGCCUUUGGAGCCGCCGUUGCUCUUUCUCCUGGAGGAAUACAAAAACUAUCUGGAUGCCGCUAAUAUGUCCAUGAGGGUGCGGCGACACUCCGAUCCCUCACGACGUGGAGAGCUCAGUGUGUGUGACAGUAUUAGCCAGUGGGUGACAGCUGUGGAUAAAAAGACUGCAAUAGACAUGUCUGGGCAGCAAGUUACCGUCAUGGAAAAGGUCCCUGUCCCCAAUGGCCAACUGAAGCAAUACUUUUAUGAGACCAAAUGCAACCCCAUGGGGUACACAAAGGAGGGCUGCAGAGGAAUAGACAAGCGGCAUUAUAAUUCCCAAUGCAGGACAACCCAGUCCUACGUGCGAGCGCUUACCAUGGAUAGCAAAAAGAAGAUUGGCUGGCGGUUUAUAAGGAUAGACACUUCAUGUGUAUGCACAUUGACCAUUAAAAGAGGGAGAUAGUGUAUAAAAUGUAUAGAUUUUAUUGAAGAGUUUAAAAAAGAGAAUAAAGAGAAAAUAUCUAUUUGUAUAUAUACAUAACAGGGUAAAUUAUUCCGUCAAAUGAAAAUUUUAUGGACUGCAUGUAAAAAAAGAUGAAGUUUAUACAGUAAAAGUGAUACUACAGUCUAUUUAUUGAACAUAUUCAUGACCUUGUAAACAAUUAAAAAAAAUCUGAUCAGUCAUUUGCGCCCAGUUUAAAUUACUAUAUCACAUUCCUCAAGACAUUGUGAUUUGUUUACGUUGCCAAGAAUUAGAAAAGGAAGGGAAAAAAAAUUAACAGGCAAGAAAUGAGCGACAAAGAGGGAGACAAAGAGGGAGACAAAGAGGGAGACAGAGAGGGAGACAAGGAGGGAGACAGAGAGGGAGACAAAGAGGGAGACAGAGAGAGAGCGAGGACAGUUCCAUCUUCAAAAGCUUGCAUGCUGCUUCAAUUGUAAAUCGAUAAAUUCUCCACUUACAGAAAAAAAAGGAUAUGAUGCUGACCAAAAAAAAUUAUUAAAAAAAAACAUUCCGUUUACAUAUUCAGCAGAAAACAAUUUCCUCUCAAGUAAUUUAUCUGUUUACUGUUCUAAACUUCUCAAGGUAAUGUUGGAAUUACAUACUAUGUCAAGGUGCUGUUGUCAAAGCUUUGCUGUUUAUUUUUUUAUCCCCACCAGAGGACAAGAUAUAUAUAUAAAAAAUUAUAUAAAUAUAUAUAUAUAUAUAUAUAAAAUUUAUUCAUUGACAUGUUUCUGGGUUAAUAUUAUUCAUUUUGUAUGUUGUGAAGUUGUUUGCAAUAUUAAACUGAAAUAUUUGAAGAAAUAAAAAUGACUAUAGGCAACUGAAAAACAAAAUCAAUGUCGAUAAAGUUUCAACGGUGCAUUUUUAGGCAGAGUAAACUUUAUUAUACGGACAGUCUGCAGGCAAGGAGGGAGGAGGCACAUAUGCACACAUGCAUGCGCACAAACCGCCACACGUCCGAAGCAUGAAAGAGCAGAAAUUCAAAUCCUGAGCAACAAGAAGUGAUGUUUUAAGAGAAGAAAACGAGACCUUGCUUUGGGUCACUGAAAGAUAACGAGUGUUAGAGUACAGAAAGCAGCUCCUGGUGUCAUUCAGCUACUUCAGGAAGGAAGAGAAACUGGAGAAGGAGAGAGGAGGUGCCCCUAAACCGCUUCCUGCUCUCCACCAGCACAUUUUUUCAAAACACGUUUAUGUGCUUUGGAUCUUUAGUGUUCAUACACAGGUGUUCAGAGCUUUUGCUCCAGCGGCAUGUGUGAUGUCGCACAAUUACGAGACCCUAUUAACACAAGAAAAGCGCUUACACGUUCAAGUGCAGACUAGUACAAGUGGGUACACUGCCUGAGCUUGACAGUGAUGGAUUCAACCACCCAUACAUUUGUGUACAUUAAAAACGUACACCCAGUGUUUUGUUAUUAGUGUGCUGUAAUCCCAGCUUUAACUCCUCCACAAUAGGACAAUCACCACUGAUUUUUUCUAGCUCUAAAGUCACUGUGAUCAGAAGGAGAAGCCGAUCUCCGUAACUGGUUUGGCACCUGGGUUAAAAGAAUCAACUUUCUCCCUCAGGCAGCUAAUAACUCAUUGCAAUGCAUGCCUGCCAAGUCUGGAUUCCAUAGCUUAAGGUUUUAGUGGGAAUACAAUAAAAUAUGUUCAGCGUCUCAUCUUCGUUACAUGAAACAUUUCUAGAACAUACUGCAAAAAGAUUAAAAACAACAAGAAAAUGAAUAUACAAAAUUUCUUCAAAACACCAGCGAUCCCUUAUGAAUGAACACAAUCACCUCAUUUUACCACGCCUCCAUCAGCCUGAAGGUAAGUGCGAAGACAGCCAGAUCUGAAGAUGUUGAAGGAAGGAUGGGCCAGCUUCUUCACUGCCCUGCUUGGACCCUUCACAGAAGCCUGAUGAUGAUGCUGUGAGUUAAUAUCAUAAAUAAAUAAAAAGAUACAGAGGCUUCUGCAACACAAACAAUGGGAAGACGAACAAUAUCAUAAAUGAUCUGGUCUUCCAGAAAAAUCCACCUGAAUGACACUAUCCCGUCCUCAGCACAUAGGACAAUGAAUCAGCCAUUCAACAUUUUAGAUAAGAUGAUAAGGAUGUGUUUUGUUUAUCAUGAGCAUGAGCCUUAGGCUAUUAUUUUUUACAAAGAUCAAAAAAGUAAUCUGCCAAUUAAACAUUUAAUAAAAGAGUGCAUAAAGGGAGGCAGGGUGAAGCCCAUGGUGUUUUUCGGUGUGACCAUAAAUCAGGCAUAUGAGUGAAUCCUACAGUAUAAUGUGGUAUUACUUUGCUGUUGCUGAGGAAAUAAAAACAAGAAGAAAAAAUAUUUUAGGAAAACAAUGGGUCUACCGUGUUAAGAAAAGAACAAAAGCUGCUGCUCACCAAGUCUUUCCGUGUGUCUGCUUUAUGCCACGCCCACAUUUGUGAUGUCACGUUAGGUAUUUUUCAUCACCUGUCAAAAGAUUUGCGUUUCAUCACCCACUGGGGUGUGGUCAGGAGUGAAUCAUGCUCGAAACUUUCAGGAUACAGAGAAGCAGUGCAGCUGCAGUUUUCUGCAUUCAUGGAGGCUCAAAAUGUGAUGCAGCUCACCAGUAGGGGGUGGCAGAGAGAGCGCUCAUAUCAGACGUCAACAAAAAGCCAAAUAAAGUUUCCUCUGGCUGGCCCUUGUUAUGACAGUACAUAUUAAUGUAAUCGUCCUUUGAGCUAUGUCUGUGGAGGCUGAGCGAAGUUAAAUGGAGAGUUCUCCGCCACUUAGGUUGUUAAAUGGUAAUAUGGAAUCUAGGUUUGGAUUCUAGCCAACGAGACCUUCAGUGGGCUAUAUGCAUGGCACAAAAAUAUCCCUACUCUCAUUGUCAGCAUCAGCAGUAAACAUAAUAAAAUCAAACCUCUGUGCUCAAAACUAAAUAUGGCAUUACUAAUAUCCAACAUUUGAAGCUGCUAUCUAAGGUGUACGUUUGAACGAAUUAAAGAAAGGACAUUUGUACACU